UCACGUACAUUUCCUCUUCAUCGGAAUGGCAAAGGGAGAACGUGCUCCAAGUAGUGCGACUGUCAGUGUCGAAUAGUUCGUGUUAAUGUCUGGUGUUAUUAUUGCAUAGGAACAAAUGCAGGAGUUGCUUACCUGGGCGUGUAUAUAUGGUUAGAGGGAAAUCAACGCUCCCGCUCAAACCGGUAAUUUGAUACAUGUUUUAAAAACAUUUGAGCUUUGAUGUUUGAGUUUACAUGUUCCAGUGUUUCUCCUCGAAAUAGUCAUUCGUCUCUUGGUGUACAAUGUAGCGUCAUUUGUGUGUUAGCCUACCUGCAUGAAUGUAACAUGAUAUUUAGUUCGAUAUGACUAAUGUGACUGAAAGUAAAAGCGUAGAAUGGCUUCGACUCGAGUUGGAAUCCGGGGGAAGUUCGCUGCUUUUGUUGGACUGCCGAUCGCACGAGUUUUACGAAUCAUCCCACAUAGAAACGGCGAUCAAUUUGGCAAUUCCAGCAUUGAUGCUGCGAAGGUUUAAGAAGGGCAACAUACCCAUCCGAACUAUCAUACCGAACCACGAAGACAAGGAGAAAUUCGUUAGACGUUGCAAUACAGAUACAGUGAUUCUGUACGAUGAGUGCACUGUGGACUGGCAGGAUGGGGCCACUGGCUCGGUUCUGGAACUACUUCUUCAGAAACUAUGGGACGACGGAUGUAAAGCAUAUUACCUGGAAGGGGGAUUUGGGAAGUUUCAGACCGAGUACCCAGAGCACUGUGAAACCCUCCUGGACAGCUCCUGUCCCAGCUCCUCUCCCCCCCUCUCUGUCCUAGGCUUCGGAAGUCUCCGGAUCAGUUCCGACCUCUCAGAUGGUGAAUCGGACCGUGAGCCGAGCAGCGCCACAGAGUCUGAGGAGAGCCCCCUUCCCAACAUCCAACCUGCCUUCCCAGUCCAGAUCCUCCCCUUCCUUUACCUGGGCUGUGCCAAAGACUCCACCAACCUGGACGUGCUGGGCCAGUACAACAUCAAGUACAUCCUGAACGUCACGCCCAAUCUCCCCAACAUGUUUGAACAUGACGGCCUCUUCACGUACAAGCAGAUCCCCAUCUCGGACCACUGGAGUCAGAACUUGUCCCAGUUCUUUCCAGAGGCCAUAUCCUUCAUCGAUGAGGCUCGGUCCAAGCAGUGUGGCGUCCUGGUACACUGUCUGGCUGGUAUCAGCCGCUCUGUGACCGUGACCGUGGCCUACUUGAUGCAGAGGCUCAACCUAUCCCUCAAUGACGCCUAUGACUUUGUCAAGAGGAAGAAGUCCAACAUCUCCCCCAACUUCAACUUCAUGGGCCAACUGCUGGACUUCGAGAGGACACUGGGGCUGCACAGCCUGUGUGACAACCGCUCCUCCUCCAGUGAGCAGCUCUACUUCACCACGCCGACCAAUCACAACGUGUUCCAGUUGGACACUCUGGAGUCGACUUGAGGAGACGGAGAAGGCAGGGUUUAGCGGCCAUGUUGCUUCAUCAGUGUCUACAUGGUCUUUUGUAGCCUGUCAGGAAAAGGAAAAGAGUCCUGGAACUGCAGCUGGUAGAGAGAGACUGAGGAGGCUCACCUGUCGUGCAAGUGAUUUAAGUAUGGAUUUUUAUAGCCCACGGUGCUCCCCAGUAUGCUUUUAAAAAAGUACAUACUUUGUUUGGUCCACGCUCUGAUGCCUUAUCGUCUAUAAUAGUGAAUAAUGGUAUGGUUAUUGCAGGAAAUGUCAUUAUUAUGAGCUAACUCUGAGAUGGUUUAACUGUUAUUUCAUAUUCUCCAGCUGUAAUGUGGAUGUGUCAGUUGUUUUCCUAACAAAUGUGGCUAAUGCGUUGGUCUGAAGGAAGAGGUUGGCCAUGAAGAAUGUGAAUCAAUGUUUUCUGGGACCAAACAGAGAUUCUUUUGAAUGCUACGUUUGCUGAGGAGAUGGGGCUACUUUAAGUUGGCCUUGAAUGACUGUAACGUUCAUUUUGAUGACUGUAACGUUCCUUUUGAUGGCUGUAACGUUCCUGUUGAUGACUAACAUUCCUGUUGAUGACUGUAACGUUCCUGUUGAUGACUGUAACGUACCUGUUGAUGACUGUAACGUACCUGUUGAUGACUGUAACGUACCUGUUUAUGACUGUAACGUACCUGUUGAUGACUGUAACGUUCCUGUUGAUGACUAACGUUCACGUUGAUGACUGUAAUGUUCCCGUUGAUGACUGUAACGUACCUGUUGAUGACUGUAACGUUCCUAUUGAUGACUAAUGUUCACGUUGAUGACUGUAAUGUUCCCGUUGAUGACUGUAACGUACCUGUUGAUGACUGUAACGUUCCUGUUGAUGACUAACGUUCACGUUGAUGACUGUAACGUUCCCGUUGAUGACUGUAACGUACCUGUUGAUGACUGUAACGUUCCUGUUGAUGACUAACGUUCACGUUGAUGACUGUAAUGUUCCCGUUGAUGACUGUAACGUACCUGUUGAUGACUGUAACGUUCCUGUUGAUGACUGUAACGUUCCCGUUGAUGACUGUAACGUACCUGUUGAUGACUGUAACGUUCCUGUUGAUGACUGUAACGUUCCCGUUGAUGACUGUAACGUUCCCGUUGAUGACUGUAAUGUUCCCGUUGAUGGCUGUAACGUUCCUGUUGAUGACUGUAACGUACCUGUUGAUGACUGUAACGUACCUGUUGAUGACUGUAACGUUCCUGUUGAUGACUGUAACGUUCCCGUUGAUGACUGUAACGUUCCCGUUGAUGACUGUAACGUUCCCGUUGAUGACUGUAAUGUUCACGUUGAUGGCUGUAACGUUCCUGUUGAUGACUGUAACGUACCUGUUGAUGACUGUAAUGUUCCCGUUGAUGACUGUAACGUACCUGUUGAUGACUGUAACGUUCCCGUUGAUGACUGUAACGUACCUGUUGAUGACUGUAACGUUCCUGUUGAUGACUGUAACGUUCCCGUUGAUGACUGUAACGUUCCCGUUGAUGACUGUAAUGUUCCCGUUGAUGGCUGUAACGUUCCUGUUGAUGACUGUAACGUACCUGUUGAUGACUGUAACGUUCCUGUUGAUGACUGUAACGUUCCCGUUGAUGACUGUAACGUUCCCGUUGAUGGCUGUAACGUUCCUGUUGAUGACUGUAACGUACCUGUUGAUGACUGUAAUGUUACCCUUGAUGACUGUAACGUACCUGUUGAUGACUGUAACGUUCCCGUUGAUGACUGUUCUAAACGUCUUCAUUUGCAGCUCUCUCUCUCUUAACAUCAGAAUGGAGUGAUCUUGGAAAACAGUAGUUGACAAGUGCUAUGCUAUUUUCCCUACUUUUGUGUCAUCUUCAGAGUAAACAUUUGAUCAUGUAGGAAUGCAAUACAGUAUGUCAGCGCAUUACCAUUUUACCUUUGUUGAACUGAGACAGGUCACCCUCUGCAAAAUGUUAAAGAUGAAACACCUAGAGUUUUGUAAAACUCUUGUAAAUUGUAAUAAUUAUAAUAGCAUUUCAUUGUCUGCAUGUAAUCAAGUUGAAUUUCUGUUCUGUACCUCUUCUGCCUGUUGUUCAUGUGGCCUUUAUCACACCUUCUAAGUUAACAUAACACUUAACUGUCUUAACCUGGGUAUAGUAUAGGAUUGUCAUAUGCCAUGCUUGAAAUUCACGACUUGUAGUUAUGAUCCAUAAUGGACAUUUGAACCUUGUUUAUUAAGUCAUGGAUAAGUCAUGUAUAGACACAAUCUUCAGCCUGCAGCUACUCUUCCUUUAGCAGAACCAUGUUAAGGGAAACAUGCAGUGUGUUUUGAUCCGUUCUGUUUUUGCCAGUAAUGUCUCGGAACGAGUCGGCUCAAAGUUGAAUGGUUUAGUGAAUGAGAGAGAGGGAAUGAAAUGAAACAAGUGAAGAUGAUGAUAAAUGUGUUCUUACCUCAUGGAGAGACAUUUUCAGGGAUUUUAUAUAACAUAUCUGUAUUUUGUUACAGCCUCUGAAAUACAUCAAAGGGCUGUGUUUAUUUGGCAUGUGUUUGUAAAAUAUGUACAUAAGGGGGACCUUUUCUCUGAAUCAUGAAGGAUGUGAAGUUAAAUUGACCCAAUUACAGUAUGUAUAGUGUAUGUAAAACUAAAUGUACAAUACAUUUAUGUACAAGUUUAUACAACAAAUAUAUUGAAUAUUUUUUACCUUUAAA